CUUCCCCUGGUAUCACGUGACCUGCGCAGUCGCGCUUUGGUCUGGCACGCGCGCUGAGCCGUGGGCAGAAUCCGGUGAGGCGGAAGUGAAGAGAGACUCGCGCAGCUCACCUGUCCGCAGGUGAACAAACAGAAAGAGAACUCAGGAAAAGAGAGAAAAUGAGCAACCCGAUCCCCUCUAACCUGAAGUCGGAGGCCAAGAAAGCCGCCAAGAUCCUGAGAGACUUCACGGAGAUCUCCAACCGGAACGGACCUGACAAACUCAUCCCUGCUCACGUGAUCGCAAAGGCAGAGGGUCUGGCCAUCAUCUCCGUCAUCAAGGCCGGCUUCAUGAUCACCGCCAGAGGUGGAAGCGGCAUCGUCAUCGCCAGAUUGGGCGACAGACGCUGGUCGGCACCGUCGGCCAUUGGCAUCGCCGGCCUGGGAGGAGGCUUCGAGAUCGGCGUGGAGGUGUCCGACCUGGUGAUCAUCCUGAACCAUCGGAGGGCCGUGGAGGCCUUCACAAAAGGCGGGAAUCUGACGCUGGGCGGGAACUGCACCGUGGCCGUGGGACCCGUGGGCAGGAACGUGGAAGCUGAUGUGGCGAUUCGCAGCACCACGGCGGUCUUCACCUACUGUAGAUCCAGAGGGUUGUUUGCUGGUAUUUCUCUGGAGGGAUCCGGCCUCAUUGAACGCAAAGAAACCAACCGCAAGUUCUAUGGGAGGGAAAUCCGAGCGUCUGCCAUUUUGCACGGCGAUGUGGAGCCACCGGCUGAAUGCCACAACCUUUACCACAUCCUCGACAACUACACCGAGGCCUACACCGCCGACUGGACCGCCAAGAACAUGCGUCCGAAGUCGUCUUUUACUCCAUCCAGACCUCCAGCACCUCAGAAACCGCCAUCUGGCUACCAGCAGCCGCCAUCCGGCUACCAACAGCCGCCAUCCGGCUACCAACAACCGCCAUCCGGCUACCAGCAGCCGCCAUCCGGCUACCAACAACCGCCAUCCGGCUACCAGCAGCCGCCAUCCGGCUACCAGCAGCCGCCAUCCGGCUACCAGCAGCCGCCAUCCGGCUACGAGCAACCGCCCUCCCGCUACGAGCAACCGCCCUCCCGCUACGAGCACCAGCAACCGCCAGCCAACACGGGUAAAAAUGCCCUCUACCCGAGCAUGUCCAUCUAUAAAUCUGAGACUUCAGGCGAUGGCUCGUCAGUGGGCGGGGCCAGAGGACAGCUCGUCGUCACGGCGACGCACCCGUUCUCCGGUCAGCAGCCGGGCGACCUGAGCUUCGCCCCCGGCGACCGCAUCACCGUGGUAACCAAGACCGACUCAGAGUACGACUGGUGGGAGGGGCGACUGGCCGAUGGGCGCGUCGGCAUCUUCCCCGCCAACUUCGUCACAUACUGAUGCCCCGCCCCCUCCCGGUGGUUGGGCAGGUCCUACUUUUAAGGUCAAUAAAUAAAAUGAUCACCAGAUUAGUUAUUUUGAAUUAUGACAGUUUGUAAAAACACAUUUAUGAAUUAAAAGUUAAACAUUUUUUUUAAUCCAUCUCUUCAGGAAAUGGAUUUCCGUAUCAGGGAUAUUCUUUUGUGAACUACUGACAAAAGUUAGUUUUCCAAAUUAAUUACAAUAAAUAAAUGAGUCUGAAUUAAAUAUUUUAUUGAACUUCUCCACAUUAUUACAACAAUCUUCAAACUUAGUGAUUUAUUUUUCUUUAUUUAAUUAAAAAUGUACUUUAAAAAAUGAAGAAACUGUGUAUGUGUUGAUGACUUCCUGUACUUCAAACUUAAAAAGAAUUUAAGAAAGUGAGGGAAAAAUGGUUAAAACAGAACUUUCUUCGUAGUUCUUCGUAUCAAACUGUAUUUAAAAGUUUAAUAUCUGGGAUCUGUUACGUCAGGACGUGUGUGAGAAACAUGCUCUUAUUUUGUCAAAGAAAGCUCAAAGAAUCUGUAAAAUAUUCCACCAAAAAAGAACCUUGAGGGUUGUUUAACGUUUGGAAUAAAAUAUGAUUGUUCAAAUAU